GAUCUCUGCAACGUUCACGUGUUCGAAGACGUAAGCUUACAUUGCAGCGGCCUGGUCUUGGUGUGAGACUAAGUACCAGUGGUCUUAUAUGCAUGAUCACUGUCAAACCAUCCUGGACCAUCAGUCGUCCAGCUCAACUACUUACAAGGAACGAGUCCAAAGAAUGGAGACAGUUCUACACCAAUUGAAAGAACAAAGAUAAGACCCUCGAUAAGCAUGAGUAACAAAGCAGCUUUUCUCGAGACCGAAAAGGGUUCCAUUGUUGUUCGCGAUGCUGAGAUCGCACAACCUGGUGAGGGCGAGGUGCUCGUCAAGGUACAAGCGUGCGCCAUUCAGCCUGCAGAUACAAAGGUAGCCAAGCAAGUUCUCAUGACCCUCGAGUAUCCGUCCGUUCUCGGCAGCCCAGUCGCAGGAACCAUCGAAGCUUUAGGUUCCGGUGUCACCAAGGUCGCAGUUGGACAGCGAGUUGUGUGUGGAACCAAGAUUUUCACGCACAAAAAGGCGAGAUAUGGUGGCCUUCAGCGUUUCACAGUGGUUGAUGAGUCGGAGGUAGUAAAAAUCGGGGAUGUGGGGUUCACAAAAGCGGUCACACUGGGGUCUUACACGCCUCCUGCUGCCCUGUUCGGCAAGUCAGCGCUGAACAUGCACUGGCCAACGGUCCCAGCCUCAGCACUUCCAGCAAGCGAGCAAGGCAAGAAGAUUCUCAUCUGGGGUGGAUCAUCUGCCAUGGGUUCACUUUCCAUCUCGUAUGCCAAGCAAGCAGGCUAUACUGUGAUUAGCACGAGUUCGCAACACAAUCUCGACCUCCUCAAAUCGCUCGGCGCCGACCACAUUUUCGAUCACAGCGACCCAGCAACUGUCAACGCCAUCCGUGACCUCUUCCCCAUCGAUUAUUGGUUGGACACGAUUUCUUUGAAUUCGACGGUAUCAACCAUUCUGAAGAUUCUUGCGCCAGAGGGAGAGCCAGUAACAAAAGCCAACAUCCUUUUGCUUCUGCCACCUGCCUGGCUCGGCAUCGACUCUUUCCCAGACGGUGUUACGAUGCAGUUCCAUCGCUUCUCUACCCGUGCGCCCGAGAACGCUGAGUGGCAUAAGCACUUUCUCGGAACGAACGGGUUCAUGGAGCAAGGCAUAAAGAGCGGCGUUAUCAAAGGUGUCGCGCCAGAGGUAUUGGGCGGUCUUGAUAAGGUAGAAACAGGGUUAGACACCGUCUAUAACGGCGUCAGUGGCAAGAAGAUCGUCAUUGAGCCGUGGGUGUGAAGAACCGGUUCAAGUGUUGAUACGAGAAGUUCAGACACGUGUCAAGGUUACGAUCGGACUGGAGAUUAAAACACUCAAGAGUUGUGAGCCUACAGUAAGCCGGCU